UCUAGUUUUAUGUACUUCGCAGAAAAAGAGUUUGUGGAUGAUAGUUAAAUCUAAAAUAUACCUUAAGCUAUCUGGUGGGCAAUCAUAACAAUAACAACUGUUGGAUAUGGAGAUUAUGUACCUAAGUCCUUGCUGGGUAAAUUUAUUGGAGUUUUGAGUCUAAUCUUUGGAGUAUUAUUGCUUUCACUUCCUGUAGCCAUUAUUGGAAAUAAAUUCUAAGAGAUUUAUUUAUAGAAUAAGAAUGAGGAAACCAAAAAGGCUAGAAAGAAUGCAAAGGUUUAGAUGAAUAAUUAAAAAUUAGACUCAUUAUAAUUAAAUUUAGAAUUAGAAUGAAAAAGAAAUAUACAGAAUUAUAUUGAAACUAAAUGAAUUGGAAUAAGUAAAUGAAAAAAUUGAGUAAUGUCUGAAAGAUAAUCAAUUUCUAUAUAGAAGUAAUUAAGACAUAUGAUAUUGAUAGGUAUUUCUAGAGAUGCUUAGAGCAUGAUUGAUAAGAUUGAAAUCAAUAGGGAAAAUGGUAAGAGCAAGAGUAAGCAGAAGGAAAGGUUGAGUACCUAGGAAAGAAUUAUAAAGAUUAGAGAAGAUAUUCUAAAUAGUAGAAAAAAUCAAUGA